AUGACGGCGGGCUCUCCCGAGGAGAACACUGCACGACUUGUGCUGAACGGCCUUGAGGCGAACGCAGCGUCUCCGACGUCCAAAGAUGACACAAAGUCUAUGAUGUCGCCGCCUCCUGGCUACAAAAUGCGGAGGCAAUUCCUGGCCUUCGUCGCCAUCCUCGCCUACGUGAUGUCUGGCCUCACCAUUGUCGUGGUCAACAAAUGUAUCGUGCGAGAUAGCGGCCUGCAUGCCCCUGCUUUGGUGUCGUCUAUGGGUGCCCUCUUCACCGCUGCUAUGACUCGCUUCCUCGUCUUUAUUGGCAAGGUGGAGGUGAGGGACAUUGACUUGACUCCGUUGGAAUUCGCCAUUUGGCGUGCCUUUCCCGUGGGCGUGCUGGCUGCUGGCAGCCUCUGUUUCGGCAACAUGUCCUACAUCUACCUAGACGCCGGCUUCAUUCAGAUGCUAAAGGCGGGUACCCCGGCCUUGCUGCUCUUUGUGCUCUCCAUGUUCAAGAUCGAGAAAAUCUCCCCGCUGGGGGCCGCCCUGUCGCUGACCAUGGUCGGCGGCAGCGCCCUGGCGACGCUGCAGCAGCCCAACAUCAACACCCUGGGUCUCAUCAUCCAGGGGGCUUCACAGGCCUGCGAGGUGCUGCAGUGCACGGCGGUGCAGUUCUUCCUGCAGAAGCUGGGCUUUGAGGCCUGGGAUGCAGGAUACUAUUUGGCCCCGGCGGUGGCUGCGUGUUGUUUGCUGACCUCUCUGGUGCUGGAGUGGCCACAGCUCAUCCAAGAUCAGCAGGUCUGGCUGCUGUUCAAUCAGAUGCCGCUGCUGCUCGCUUCGGGGGCAAUCGGUAUUGUGGUGAACCUUUCCUCUUUGCUGGUCAUCAAGUACACCUCCAGCCUGUUGGCCAAGCUCCUGGUGAUCGUCCGGUGCAGCGCGCUGGUCCUGUUCUUCAUGGCCAUGGGCGAGGAGUUCACCUGGCUCCAGGUGGUGGGCUACAUCGUGACCAUCAUAGCCUUCACCGGGUACUCCACCCUCAAGGCCACUGAAAUGGAUGAGAAGGAGGAUGAAGAGUUUCUGAAGAUCGCCAACCUCGAGGAGGGCGGCCGGGAGCUGCUCAUGCAGGAAGAGGAUCGGACGCCGACGACCCCCAUGCAGAAGGUGAUCGCUACGGAUUUGACGUCCUUCUUUUUCUGGUUUGCCCUGCUCAUUGUGGUGGUCGGCGGCUACCAGGCCUACGUGCUCGGCGAGAUCGAGCGCAACGGGUACUUGGCCAGCACCUCCGAGCUGGCGCUGGCGGCCUCCGACGGGGUGCCUCCGGCGCCGUACCUGCAAGUGGAGGCAGCGGCGCAGGAGGGGCACCUGGCGCCGCUGCCCUCGGUGCAGUCGUCCGCCAAGGUGCUGUUUCUGAAGGAUGGGCGCUUCCUGCUCCACUCUCGGGAUGCGGCGUGGAUGGCGAGGCGCUCGGAGGAGGACUAUUUGUCCUCCGCCUGGCUGGUGGUGUCGAGCCAGUUCGGCACCGUGCAGCUCAAGGCCCUGGACGGGCACUCGGCACGUGGCAGCUGGCUGAGCUGCCACUUCAAGCUGUCCAGCAGCAUGAGCGAGGCGUGCAGCUUCUGGAUGACGCCGAAGGACUUCGAGAGCUGGGCACAGGAUGGUGACCACCAGGAGUUCAUUCUCAGGGGCAGCCAGAGCGGCGCCAACAGCUCCGUGGCGGUGCGAAGCUCCCACCUGGAGUGGGACAAGGAGCCCACCAGCUUCUUCGUGGCGGAUUGGGUGCCCGAGUCCUGCGCUCUGCGGCCCAUGCCGGCCACGGCGGCACGCUACGACGCGCAGAAGGAGGUCACCGUCACGAUGACCACGCGCUUGCACAACUAUGCACGGAACAUCAAGUUCCGGCAGGCGUUUAGCUCGGCGCUGGCGCAUUUGAAGGAGGGGGAUUUCUAUGUCCGGGAGUAUUUGGUUGUGGACGAGUGGUUUCAGGGCAGGUCUCUGGCCAUGAACGGCACCCUGGCUGGGCCCACGGUGCGGGAGUCUCGCCACGAGAUGCUGAGCUUCUUCCCUGGCUGCCGGGGCCUCAGGCCGGCGGGGCAACGCUGCACCUUCGUUUUCAAGUCCGCGGAGGAGCAGGGGAAGGCGCGGUCCUUGAACAUCCUGCUGGACCUUAUGGUUACCAAGUAUUGGCUGCAUUUGGACAUCGACACGGUCUUCCACCAGGAUUUCUACAUGUCGCGUCUACUGCAGCCGAUCUAUGACCAGAAGGAGCGCUGCGCUGCGGCCAUCGCGGCGGCGCAGACCAGCACAGAGACGAGCACGUCCACAAGGACGACAAGAACGACCACUCUGCCUGUCACUACCAUUGCUCCUUACACGACCAGCUCGCAGCCGGCUCCGGCAGCCGUUCCGGAGGACGCGACUGCGUGGGCGUCGGAUGGCUACGACCAGGCCUAUCCCGAGGAUGAAACGCGCUACGACUACGCGCCUGAAGGCGUUGAAAGCUUCGAUGCCGAGAGACGUCGAGAUGAUCUCGAGAGCCGAAGCGAAGGCCGGGAUCGCUGGGAGCCGGAGACGGAGGGCCUGGACUCUCGCUAUGAGAGGCCCUGGAGCCGACCAGAGUAUGAGGAGUAUGACGACCGAUCAUGGCGAGAGAGCCGACGGCUGGAUGUGCAUGAGCUGAGGGCUUGCCAGGCCGUGGCCGGCGUUUCGCUCACCUCCAGCGGCGCGCGGCUGGGGCGCCAUAGUCAGCCCUACACAGUCCAGAGGUAUAGAGUCCCGAAGGUCCUGUUCAACGACACGUACGUGAAGGAGCUUCUUGAUUCUGGCCUGGAGGAGGACUCUGGCCGCGAGUGGGGCAUUUUCGAGGCCAGGGCCGCGCGGUGGCCCCUUUUUGCUUUGAGGCCGAGCCUUUUGGACCUCACCUACGUGCGGUCCUUGGAGGCCCCGAAGAUCUACGCAGGGAAGGCGGCGCGGUUUGCUGAGGGCGGGAGUGGCCACAAGGACUUCCGCCGCCGGGCGCUGGAAUUCGCGGUGCGCUGGGCUCGCGCCGGCGGGACUUAUGCGUCGUUGACGCCUGGUCUUUGUUGA